AUGGCUGGACAUCCAUGGUAUGGCAGGCUAGUCAACCGAUAUUCUCUCUCCGCAGUGACAUUAUUUGCUAUUUUCCUUUGGUGGAAAAAUAAAAAGAAUGAUCACUCUGUGCAAUUUACAGAAAUGAUAACUAUCAUAGUAACCAUUCCAAAAGAUAUAAUAAACGAAGUGCAUGGCAAGAAUAAAACUAACUUACGUUCCAUUGAAGAGAAAGCGAACGUAAAGAUAAACGUAAAAUUACAGGAUAACGGAUUAGAUUACAUUGCCGUCAUUGAAGGCAGCUCAGACAAUGUUCGAAUUGCGGAAUCUGCCCUUUCGGAAUUUAUACAAUGUAGAAUAGAUGACUUUACUGCUAUUGUUAAAAUUCCUAUGGAAGUGUAUGAUCGAUUUAUGGGACGUCAUGGAGCUUGCUUAAGAAGGUUAACAUUGAAAACUGGCGCUUGCAUAGCUUUGGAACCUCCUAAUUUUCAAUACAGUCCUGAACAUAGUCUAUGCGUCAUCACUGGUAACCUCUAUGAUGUACUACAGGCUAAAUCAUACGUGGAAUCUCGUUGUGCUGAUGCAAUGUUUAUAGAAAGGGAAACUAAAGCUCCAGGUGUAUCGGUGACUAUGGAACUAUUCAAAAAUGAUGGAUUUCAACCGGUUUAUGUAACUGCUAUUAAAUCCCCGUCAGAAUUUUGGGUUCAACCUUUAAGUAGAGAACGUGUAUACUUUGAAAAUUUAGAGGAUCGUUUGACCAAAUUUUAUAGUGCAGAUAAAAGCAACGACAUGGAUGAUAUCCGUGUUGGUGAUUUUUGUGCUUACUAUGAUAAUAACAUCAACAAAUGGUAUCGUGUCAAACUUAUAAACAUCAUAGAUGAAAAUACCGCAGACGCUUUUCGAUUAGACUAUGGGAAUACUAUCGGUGAUGUUCCCAAAUCAAAGCUAAAAUUUUUAUGUGCAGAGUUUCGAAUGCUGCAAUUUCAAGCUGUUAGAUGUUCCUUGGCGAAUAUAGAACCUACCGAUGGAAAAUACUGGUCGGAAGAAGCUACCAAAUAUUUUCGUCAAUACGUUGAUAACCCAGACCUAAUCGAGCUAUACGCAACGGUUAUAGACUUUCAAAGUCAGCCAGAAGAAUCUACUAGUCUACCUUUAAUCGAACUUAUCGACACAAGUCAAUCACUGGAUAUUAAUAUUAAUUAUGAACUUGUCAAAUCGGGUUAUGUCAAGUGCAUUAAUGAUGAAUAUGUAUUGAAAGAUGAAACAAUUUCUCCCUUAUCGGAUGUAACAGAUGAAGCUUCUUUAUGUCAAAUAACUUUGGAAGUUCCUUUGGCUGUUAGUGAACUUUCUUCUUCGCGAAACAUAGAUGAUGGUGCAAAGAAAAAGACUAGUGAUGCUUCUCUUAUUUCCGUAAUUUCUGCUAAUGUGGAAAUGCAGGAAAUAGCAACAUCGUUUGUUUCUGACCGUUCACAAAUCGACAACGAUUCUUCCGUUAACACUCUCGAAAAUAGAGAUUCUAAAUUAUCCAAUGACAAUUUCAACCGUGCCACAAAUAGUUGCAAUAAUCCAACGGAGGAUAACGUGACCUGUCUGUCAGAUAGACAUGUAGAAGACGUUAUUGAUGACAGUUUCUCAUUUCGUCAAAAUAGCGAUUUUAUAGGCAACGGUUUCGUAACUGAAUCUAGUCCUCGUAAACUAGGACUACCUGAUGUCAACAGCAGUGAACAGAUUUUGGAAGUUACUGAUGGGAAUUCAUGUUAUGAGUCAUUGGAAUCCGCGAAGUUACUAUCGGAUGAUGCGGAACACAUGAAGACUGCAAUUGAUAGUUUUCAAGAAAGUCAGUUUGAAGAUGAUUAA